GAAGCACAUGCUGUCCGCGUCACGGACAACUCCUCCGCCCGGCCCUCUGACGUACGAUGCGCCGAGCUCCUCAUCAGCGCCCGGCAGCCCCCUGACAGCUGAUGCAAGCCGGCUCCUUCUGAGGACGGAGCGGACGAACGGCGGAGAUCUGUGAAUCGACGCGGUUUUUAGAAACGGUUAUUUGACCAUGGUGGCUAAUUAAAAGAAAAGAAAGAUGACACAGAAAGACACGCUGCUACAUCUCUUCGCCGGAGGGUGUAGUGGAACAGUGGGAGCCAUCAUGACUUGCCCACUUGAGGUGUUGAAGACGCGGUUGCAGUCUUCUGGCCUGACCCUUCGGCCUGUCUUCCAAGUCCAGCUCGGCACCCUCAGCGGUGCCGGGGUUAUUCGACCUGGUGCUGUGUCACCAGGGCUGCUGCAGGUCCUACGGUCUAUUCUUGAAAAAGAGGGACCUAGAUCUCUUUUCCGUGGGCUGGGGCCAAAUCUUGUUGGCGUUGCCCCUUCAAGAGCCAUUUACUUUGCUGCAUACUCAAAGUCUAAAGAGAUGUUCAACGGGCUCCUGGUUCCUAACAGUGGAUUGGUCCACAUGUCCUCAGCUGGUGUUGCAGCUUUUGUUACCAACACUCUGAUGAAUCCCAUCUGGAUGGUCAAGACCAGGAUGCAGCUGGAGAAAAAAGCCAGAGGAGAGAAAAAGAUGAAUGCGCUGCAGUGUGCUCGUUACGUUUACAAAACCGAGGGCUUUCGGGGUUUCUACCGAGGCCUGACUGCGUCCUACGCCGGCAUCUCGGAGACCAUGAUCUGCUUCCUCAUCUACGAAACGCUGAAGAAGCACCUCGCCAGGAAUCAGUUCAGCUCUCCCAACAGUGAAAACGAGAAGGGAGCGUCAGACUUCCUGCGGCUGAUGAUGGCAGCUGCUUUUUCCAAGGGCUGCGCAUCUUGUGUGGCUUAUCCUCACGAGGUCAUCCGGACGAGGCUGCGGGAGGAAGGCAGCAAGUACAAGUACUUCUUCCAGACGGGGCGGUUGAUAGCUGUGGAGGAAGGAUAUGCAGCUUUUUACAGAGGACUCAUUCCACAGCUUAUCAGACAAAUCCCAAAUACGGCCAUCGUCCUGUCCACCUAUGAACUCAUUGUCCAUCUGCUGGGAGACUCCAAGUGAAAGCAAUGGAAAGUUUGGACUUUAAAGCUGCAGAUGUCACUUGAAACUUGAGGCACAACGGGUGGAUGAACUGUAAAGCGCAGCAUAUUGUUGGUGCAGAGCUGAUGGAAAAGCAGCUUGUAGUGUUUCCCAAAGAGCUGUUCAACUUAUUUAAUUCAAAGCUUGUGAGGAGUUUAUCUAAAAAAUAAUGCACAACGUUAUGAAAAAAAUAAUGGAACUCCAAACCUGUGGAAAAAGAAAAAGGUCAUCUUUGUGGAAGACUAAUUUUAAGUUAAGUAAAUUAUUUCUGUUUUUGUUAUUUUACGAUUGUUUUCUUUAUAUUGUUGUUCCAAAACUGAGCAGACGCUUUCCACUGAAGAAGAGAUGUUAUUCUGAUAAAGUGUAGCAACAGUGCUGUUCUUUGCAUUGUCAUAUCUACAUAGACUACUUGUACUUUUGGGUUUGAGGUACAGAUAUUUAUCAUAUUUUUCCAUAAACAUACAUAUAUGCAGGCUUAUCUGUAUUUUCAUGAAAUAGAGAGAUUACUUUUUUUUUUUUUUGGCAUUUUUGGAAACUUGAUGCUGCUCAAUAAAAUCUGUAAAAGUGCUUCAAAGUGCUUCUGUUGCAUGAAAAGCUCGAGGAUGAGGUGAAGGAGGUCAAGCACGGAGAAAAUUAGGUGUCUGCGUAUUUUAGGUGUUCAACAUCUGAAGAAAAGGGAUAUAAAGAAGUGUUUGUGCAGCUUGAUUCACAAACGGCACCAACAAAUAUCACCUCACACUCAGACUUUAAAAAAGACAGAAUGUACCAAUUCUUUACUGAGUCGGUUCUGGAUUGCAGCAAAGGAUAAAACAUUAUUUCACAGCAAAAGUUAAAGUGCCAAAAGUAUUUCUUUAUUUAAUCCGGCUUUCUUCAAGGAAAAUAUAUUUCUUGUUGUCCAUUGAAAACCUUCAGUGUUCUUCCACUAGUUUAACUCCAUUAUUUCACAAUGUCCUGUAAAUAAUUAUUCUGUUUACGAGAAAAUGAGCUGUAUAAACGCUUCAAAGUUUUCUUCUUUCUGCAUGAAAUCUAUUUUUGGCGCGGCUGGAAAUGUUCCGAGUACAUUUCCUUGUUUUCUUGUACUCCUUAGUAAUUCUUUCUGUGAAAGGAGGUUACUUGCUGAGCAAAUCUCUGGUGACUCAGAUGUGAGACGCCAAACCUGAUCUCUUCCUGCUGUUUUUGGUUACACUGUCCUCCCCAACCAGUUCAAACUGACUCCAGCAACGUGUCACAGAGGUGAGGGGGUUGAGGCAGAGCUCGCCACGAGGAGCAGAGGGAAACUGCUGGUUUGUUCACCAGAACAAAUGAAUUGUAUGGUCAUCCUUCAAAAAGGAAGAUGGCCCUGUUUGCUGAACCAAUAUACCAUGAAUUAGUACAAAAAUAAAAUAGUUUGUUUGA